AUGAGUCAAAGUUCCCAAUCUGGAGAGCGCAUCGUCAGCGGCCCAGAAGGCCCUAGUGGCAGAGGGCGGAGGUUAAGGCGAAGUAGUGGCAGUGAAAGAAGCUCCAGAGAGAGUUUCCAAUCUAGGGUCAAGGGUCAGACGGGAUUCCUGGGUUCACCGCCACUGCUGCACCGCCCGCGCCACAAUGUCCUCCGACAGCCGCUGGGCGUACUCCAGCAGCACUGCGUUCACCUGCGGCGAGCCGUCCGCCAAGCCCGGCGUCGACCCGCCCACCAGGUAGGCCUUCUCGCCCGCUGGCUUCCCCUCGGUGGAGUUGGCGUGCUGGGAGGCCGCGGCGCUCCGCUUGGAUUUGACGCAGCCCAUGCUCUGGAGGCGACCUCGUCUUCCUCCGUCUGGGAGAUUUCAGCUGCUGUCAUCCACUGGAUUCCAUCGCUGAGAGCCAAGCUGGGCGAUCAGAACAUCCCGCUCCGUCCGACUGAGAGGCUCAUGCUUCAGUUUAUCUGCGUGAAGGUGAAGGAAAGCGAUCCCACUCCUCUCAAUUCCCGGAAAAUCCUCCCGUCCACAGCAGGAACAACGCAAGGUCGUUCAGGGAUGAAAUCCUGCACAAGCAGUCCAAUAAACCAGCAAAAUCCCAGAUCCGGACCCAACUUGCCUCUUCUGUGGGUUGUUGUUCUGGAUGAAGCGCCGCUUCGUGCCAGAUUUACAGAUAAUCUGAGCGGGUUUAAACCGAGGGAACAAUCCCGGGAUGCUGGAGGCUUCCUCCGCCGCCAGCAGGUCGCUGUGCGGCCGCCGGAGCUCCGCAGCAGACAGGGAGGAGGGAGAGGCGGUCCGGAGCGGAGCGGAUCUCCGCCGAGGCGCAGCGGCGCUCUGGAUGAGUCCGGGGCGCAGCGCGCCGCGCCGCUGCGGCUCGGCGCGGCGCGCUGCUGCCCCCUGCUGGACGAACAAACAGCCCGGGGCUGGAGGGCCGCUUACAAUAAAACCCAAACAACGUUCACACCGUGA